GUGUCACACUUUGAUAUUUGUUUUAAACAAAAAAAAAUUUUAACAUUUUUUUUGACAUUUUUUCGCAUUUUUUUAAUCCUCCCAUAGGACCCAAAUUAUAAAAGCUAUCAAUCUAAUUUCUAGGAAAAUCGGGCGAUGAAUUUGCAUUUCAACCCUUUACCCAUUCUCUAUAAAGGCCUUUUUGUGGGAGGAGGGGGGGAUUGAGACGCCCCCCCGCCAACAGGCUAUACGUGGAUUCAGACCCUUUAUAGUGUUAAGUAUUAACGUUUUUAAAUCUAUUUUUUCGUCAUAUGAGAUCUUUUUUUCUUAAUAAUUUAAAUAUUAAUGCAUUGCCAAAUAUUGGAUGAAUCUGCCCAUGUUCCUGAUUCAGGCUAUUUUGUUGUCUGAUUCCUUUAUGUACUUUCUUGAUUUUAUAUAUAUAUUUUUAUAUAUUUAUAUAUAUUAAAAAUAGUUUAUUGACUUGGCCUGUUGAAAGGCCGUGUUUCCAUUUUACAUCUGUAGAAGAGGAGAACAGAUGUGUAAGUACAACAUACACUGGUGCAGAUUACGGACUGGUGUUCUACUUCUACCCUUCUGUCUGGGAAUUUAUGAAUGGAUUAUAUUAUUUACCUUCUGGAAAUAUUUAGAUGAAUUUAGAGUUUAUUUCAAAUACAAGUUGGAGAACUUCCUAGAUUUUUAUAUUUUAGCUGGAAUCAUCUGUGUGAACUUUUUGUGUAAUGUUCUUCUUAUCUGCGCAGCUAACAAGGACUAUUCUGGAAGGAAUCUGGAUUUACGAAGAUGGUGGCUCUCUUUACCGUGGAUAGUAAUGUACGGAUUAAAUAUAAUUGGACUGUUCACGGCUUCUCUACUCUCUUUCUUCCGCCUGGAGGAUCUAUCUAAAAUCUAUGGUCUUGUUCCACUUGUUUAUGGAGUGUGUUUGCUAGUCUGCUACAUCUACACAUUGUUCUUUAUAAUGGAACAGAAGCAUAAAAGAACCGGCAUUGCUAUCAGACCAAUGCAACCUGUACAAAUUACAUUGUAACCCAACAUCUCCAGGGCUCCCUGUUUUAGUUUUGAUCUCGACUUUAGCCGAGUAAAUGCUGGGAUCAUCUCCGUGGGUUAUGGAACCGGUUUAACCCCGGUGAAAAAAGCUUGUGAAUUUAGCUAAAAGACUUCCAGCACAGAGUACGUUUGUUCUCAGCUCUACAAUGGUCGACCACUGGCCAGUCUCAAGACAGUGUUCUUCCUAAUUUUUAUCUACCAGAUAAGAAUUAACCUUGAAGUAUUUUAGCGGCCAAACUAUCGUCCCCAAAAGUAUGUCUUUAGGACGGACUUUGCAAACAAGAAAAUCUUUAAAAAAUUUAAAUAAUUUAUUAAAUAACCGAAGGAAAAAUAUACAAUAGAGUUUU